AUGGCCAGAAUGAUUCUCGGGAUCCCCAUAUGCUUAUCAUUCUUAAUCCUAGCAAAUUCUCUGACUUUUGAUAUCACAAAAUAUGGUGCAAAAUCUGGUGGAGGUGAUAUUAGCCAGGCUCUCUUGAAUGCUUGGAACGAUGCAUGCUCUUCUGUAAAGCCAAGCACAAUUUUGAUUCCAGCAGGCACAUUUACAUUGAAGGAAGCAUACCUGAAAGGUCCUUGCAAAGCCCCUCUAGCACUUACUGUCCAUGGCACAGUCAAGGCUCAACCCAAUCCGAAGUCAGUUAAAAAGGAGAAUGAAUAG